AUCAUCAUUCCACACUCAACGGUAACGAUUCCUUUCGCGCAGUCAAAGGACAUUCGUUGGAAAAUACACGAUCAAAAAAUUACAGAUCCCCUUAUUAAAAGCACAACACAAUCCACAUCCAUCAUCACUCCACCAACAAUUAUACCAUCUACAUCGUCAAAAACUUCUACAACCAUUUAUCGACAGGACUCAUCACCGGGGAGGAGCAGCAGCCGAUCCGUUGAUUUUCGUCGUAAUAAUUCAAAGACUGCAAUUACGGCUAAUUAUAGAAGUGAAGAAUCCUCCUUUUUGACAUCAAAAACUUUUAAAAACCCUUCCUCCUCUGAUCAUCCAAGUAUUUUUGGUACACAAUUUCCAAAAACCAUAAAUAUUGAUCCAUUAAUAAGUCCCGUUUCGUCGCCGUCGUCGUCUGCCACGCUAACGACGGCAAUCGAAAAUAAUUUUAAACAAGCAACAUUGCUUAACAGUGGUAAUCAAUUGUUAACAGCAAGUGAGACUUUUCAAAAUUUAAAAAAUUUAGUGAAAAUCGAUUCAAAACCCACUUCUAGCAGCAAUAACAAUAACAACAACAACAACGGUAAGCAGUAUUCGAAUUUUAAUCGUCAACUGCAACAAUCGUCUUCUGUGAAUUCAAUUGGUUCAAAACAAAACGGUAAUAGUAGCAUUGUUGGUAGCAGUGGCAGCAGCAGCAACUCUGCGAACUUUUCAACCAACUAUAAUAAAAAUUUCGCCAAAAUUCGUCAACACGAUUCAGACGCUUUAAGCCCUCGACCAAGACGGCCGUAUCAGAACGAUUCGUCGUCGCGUUACUAUAACAAAAAUAGUGACGUCAAUGGUCAAGGCCGUUCAAUAAUUGGCGAUCAAACCAAUCGUAGCGUUACCUCUGGCGGUAACGGUAGCGGCAACGGAGGUGAGGGAGGUGGCGGUGGAGGCACUGCUAGACGUUCAUACCAAUCGAAUCAAUACCAACAACAAUCCGAUUCAUCUUCGUACUCUUCCUACAACAACAACCGUAAUUCAUCAAACGACUAUAAUAAUAGCAGCAGCGGCGGAGGCAACAGCAACACCAACUCCUACAAUGGAGGACUAGGAGGUGGUAGAUCAUCCCAGAGAUCGAAUUCACCAUACGGUGGUAACAGCGGUGGAUAUCGUCAAUCGAAUCGUUAUGAUAAUAACUACGGCGGCGGUCGACAAUAUGGUGGUGGAGGAGGGAGCAGCAACAAUGCUUCAACAAAUGGAAAUGCUUCAACUACAGAUGGAUACCAAUCUAAUUCGUACAACAACAACUAUUCCAAUACCAACUCGUAUUCUUCAAAUUCUGGCGGCGGCGAAAGAGGCAAUGUAAGUGGUGGUGGCAACCGAAAUUAUCGCAAUAACGAUCGCAACACAGACUACGGCGGUAAUCGCAAUAACGAUUUUGACGAUUCACGUUCAGUAAAUUCUUCUUCGCGUUAUAACAACAAUAGUAAUUAUAAUAGAAAUUAUAAUAAUUAUAAUAGUGGUUAUAACAAUAGUAGCAACAAUAAUAGUCUCGAUCGACGUUAUUACAAUAAACAAGGAGGAGACGACCAACAACAGCAACAACGUGGCAACAAUCGAGGUGGUGACUAUAAUAGUCGACCAUCAAAUAGCUCUUCUUCUUCAGCAGCUGCAGCAGCAGCUUCAGGAUCAACUACAACUCCAUCAGCAGCAGGAGAUACAUCAUAUUUAGUUGAUUCAUCAACAUCUUCUUCGUCUUCAACAACACCCGUUUCAGCUUCAUCCUAUAAUCGUGGUAAUAAUAAUUAUAAUAACAACAAAAAUGCCGGUGGUGGAAGUAAUUUGACAACCGGACCAAGAGCAGGAGGAUCAUCGCCAACGGCAUCUGUUACUGGAGCUGGCAACUCAUCUUCAUCACGUGCAAUUUCACCAGCUACCCCAGCACCGCCAUCAUCUGGACGUUGGGUACCACCAUCUUUAAGGCCACAACAUUUGCUUUCACAAAAUGAAAAGAAUGAUGCUGUAUUCAGAAGGGUUCGUGGUAUUCUCAAUAAGCUUACACCAGAAAAAUUCCAAGAGCUAAGCGAUGAUUUAUUAAAAUUAGAUUUAAAUUCUGCAAAUAUUUUGAAUGGUGUUAUUCUUUUAAUAUUCGAUAAAGCCCUCGAUGAACCAAAAUAUUCGUCUAUGUAUGCGCAAUUAUGCAAACGAUUAUCGAAAGAAGCGCCAAAUUUUGAAGAAAACUCAACCGAUAAAUGCACGUUCUUGCGUUUACUAUUAGCCAUUUGCCGUGACAGUUUUAAUAAUCGUUUGAAACCGACUGAAAUAAUAAACGAUAGUAAUAAUGCCACCGGCAACACAAGUACCACAAACAAUAAUGAAUCAACCGAAAAACACCAACUUACCCAAGAGGAAGAGGAAAAACGCCAUUUGGCCAAACAGCGAAUGCUUGGUAAUGUCAAGUUUAUCGGCGAACUCAAUAAAUUGGAAAUGCUUUCGAAGAAAAUUUUACAUCAAUGCAUAUUGCACUUGUUGGACAAAAAGAAAAAACGCACCACAACACAACAAGAGAUGUGCGAAGAUAUGGAAUGUUUAUCCCAGUUACUUAGAACUUGCGGAAAGAAUCUGGAUAAUACAGAACAGGGCAAAGACAUGAUGAAUAGUUAUUUCGAAAGACUGGAACGACGAUCUAUAUCGACUGAGUAUCCUCCUAGAAUUCGCUUCAUGCUGAAGGAUGUCAUCGAAUUGCGUGCUAACAAUUGGGUACCUCGCAAAGUGGCUACCACUGAGGGUCCUGUACCAAUUAAACAGAUUCGAACCGACGACGAUACGCCUAUCCGAACGCCAUACGCAAAUCGCAAUCGUGAUAUGCGCAAUAACGAUCGUGAUAACGACAACUGGAUGAAUCGAUUCCCAUUGAAUCUUCAGCCUGGCUUCAAUGAUAUGUUUGGCAGUUUAAGUGUCAGUGGAUCAUCUCCAAUAAUGUCACCUGGCUACAACAACAAUCGCCAAUACAACAAUCAAAGAAACAAUCAGAACAACCAUCACAACAACUAUAACAAUCGCUACAACAAGCACAACAACGGGCAGCAUAACAAUAACGGCGGUGGUCAGCAUAACAACAACAUGCACAACAACCAAUCAUCACAGUACAACCAAAUGUUAAAUAACAAAGAGUUAGCGCCACGUUUCAAGAGCAAGUUAAUGUCCGCCAAUCAAGAUGCCGUGGAGAACUUGCAAAUGCGACCGGCUGCUAACAGUUUGUUGUUUAAAGUUGCUGUCCAGAACUCUAAACAACCCCCAUUGCUGCCAAUGUCUACCCAUCCACCUCAAAGUGGAGGAGGCAAUGGUCAGCAGACUGGUAAUUCGUCGGCUUCCUCUUCGACGUCACAAUUAUCAGCAAAUCACUAUCCUCUCUUGGCUACACCAGCCUCGCUGAAUCAAAAUCGCCCAAGCUCAACUCCAUCGAGCGAAUACCAAUACUCGACUGACGCAGAGUCUUCAAAGCCGACCGCAACCAUAAGCGCCACAGAGAAGGUGCUCAAGUCGAUUGCUUCGUCGCCAAAUUUCAGCACCGCGGCUUCCGGCAGCAACGAUGACAUCUCAGCCCAGUCAGGCUCCCAAUCGAACAAGAAAACAAGCAGCGACAGUGGAGAAAACAAUAACACCCAAAACAACAAACAAGGAACGUCCGAGAAGAAUUCCUCCGGGGCAGGCCAAGCGGGCGGCAAACAAGCAAAGAAGGACAAGGCAUUCAACAAGGAUGAAGUCCUCAAGCGAACAUCUGCAUUCUUCAAGGAAAACUUCUACACCAACGACAAGGAGACUAGUGCUGUGGUUGAAGAAUUUGUCCAAUUGAAGGUCCCAGAGAAGUGCAUGAAGGAUGUCUGCAUCAAUUUGGUUAUGGACGUUUUGGACAAGUCCGAUCAGUACUUCGAUAAGCUGAUUGAAUUCCUUCAAUCACUACGCAAACAGUCGCUCAUCAAGGCCAACGUAGUGCUUGAAGUAUUCAAACAAGUUGUCAAUCGCAUGAAUGAACGGGAAGUCAUCAUCCCACGCAUUGCCACUCUAGUGGCUUGUCUAUUGUCCAAGGCAGUGGCCAGCGCCAACUUGUUGAAACUUACCGAAGUGGCUGCCUUCACCGAGAACGGUCAACACUAUCCUCUGUUCUUGUUAGUGCUGCAGCAAUUGCAUAAGUCCCUUGGCCGUGAUACCCUCGAGGAGAUGUUCAGAGCGAGCAAGAUCGAUCUGAUGAAGAGCCUUCCCGAGGCCGAUCGCAAUAAGACACGUUUGGCUGAAAUCCUUGACGACCGUUCAUUGGCAUUCUUAUAUCCCCUGCUGAAGGUACAAGCUGAGAUGUUGAAACAGCUGCAAACUGAUUCGAAUCCACAGGCCUUCUACAAGUGGAUUAAGACCACCGUCGAUGCUAAGUAUUACAAAGAUCCCGGAUUUGUUACAGCUCUAAUGACUGUCAUAUUAAAAUAUAUAACAGAGGAAACAAAUCUUGCAUCGUCAGCAGAAACUAAGAGGAAUCCAGAAAAAUCAAUGAUUGAAAAGGAACAGGUUCUUUUACACAAAUACUGCCAAAUUUUGGAGACUUUCCUCAAUGGAAACAUCGAUCUACAAUUAAUUGCCCUCUAUGCUUUACAAAUGUUUUGUUACAAUGCAAAUUUCCCCAAAGGUAUGUUAUGCCGGUGGUUUAAAAAUCUCUAUGAAGCGAGCGUUAUAGAGGAAGAAGCAUUCUUGCUGUGGAAAGAAGAGAUCUCAGACAAGUAUCCAGGAAAAGGAACCGCACUGUUCCAGGUGAACAAUUGGCUUACAUGGCUCGAAGAAGCCGAGUCUGAAGAUGAAGAAGAUUAAAUAAACAAAUAACAAUUUCUUCUAUCUAUAUAUCAGUUAUAUUGGAUGAAAAUCUAUUCUAUUCAAAAACAUAAUAUACAAAAAAAAAAACGAUUAAAAUUCAAUUAAAUUUCAUAUAAAAAUAAAAAAAUGAAAAAUUUUCUAUUAAAACAAAAAAAAAUUGAAACUUGCAAGUUCAAGAAAAAUAUUUUAAAUUAUUUAUACAUUUCUAAAUUAAAUUAAAUUAAAAACAACAACAAAUUAAAUUCCAACAAUUUAUUUCAGUCAAAAUAAUAAAUCUAUUAAAUUUUCUAUUUAUUUCCUUAAUAAUCCGUUUAUCAAUUAUCAACUUUUAUCUCUUUGUUUUUUGUAAGUAAAUUUAUUUCGUUUUAUUUUCUUUUCUAUUAAAUUAUACAACAACAAACGAAUGUGCAAGCAUAUUUUUAGUCUCUGUUUGUUUUCUUUAUAUUUUCUAAAAUGAUGUGUUACAAAUCUUUUUACUUUUCUUUUCUAUCGAAUAUUUGCUAUGUUUUUGUUUAAAUUUAAUAAGAAAAUCAAUUAUGUUAAUGCAAAUCAACUUGAAAACAAACAAAAUAAUCAACUUAUAUAUCACAAAGUUAAAUUUCAAAACAAAACAAACAAACAAAAAUACAAAAAAAAAAACAUACAAAAUUAUAAAAUAUUCAUAAGAAAAAUAUAUACAAAAAAUAAUUAUGUAGACAUUUUCGUUUAUUUCUCUGUUCCCCUGCUCGUGUUUUAAUUCUUGAGAAAUAAUUCCUGUUGCUCAAGAAUUUAUAGAAAAAAAAACUGUCAUUUUCAAAAAAAACAUAAACAAAAUUCAAUAUUUAAAGUGCAUGUUUUAGAUGAAAAGUAAUUAAAAACGAACUAAACAAAAUAAUCAAUUGAGUUUCUCUCUCUCAUCAAAUGAAGUGUAGUUUACAAAAAUCGAACAAAAGAAAUAAAUAAACACCCCACUUACACACGAAUGAAAUUUAAAGAAAUAAACGAUUUAAGUUUUCUCAACAAAUAUUUUUGAUUAUUGAUUAGCUUUGAAUUACUUUAAAAAAUCAUUCACAUUUAAUUUUGAAAUUCUUCCCUUUUCUGGUGUGCGAGUUGUUUGCUCAAUUGCAAAAAAAAAACAGACGCUAGAUUUAGGAAAGAAAUCAAAUUUACAAUAAUUAAUUUGAAGUAGAACGAAACAUGAAAAAGAAGAAUAAAUUCAGUAAUAAAUUGAAGUAUUUUUAAUUUGCGAGAAACCUAAAAUAUUUGCUGAGUUAGAACCGUAAUUAUUUGUAAUUGAAAAAAGAAAUUACAAAAUUUGGGAAAUAAAUGAAAACUAACAACAAAAUUA